AAAGUUGAUGAUAUCAGGAUAGGUAAGUGAUAGACAUCGAUAUUUUCUAAAUUGCGACAUGCUUAGGUUAACAUGGUCCCCUCCUCGAAGGAAGCACCUACGUAACAUAGCUGUCUCCGUAUCUCCAUAUCUAGGAUUCUAAGCCUCUACCUUCUUUAGAACACCACCCCUGCCAUGCCCGGAGCUUGGUGGGUAUUGAAACGCGACUUGCGCUCAACGAAGCAAAUUCGGGUCAUAUAUUUGAUAUAAGAUAAUCAGGUUGCAGAAGUCUGUAUCUCGAUUUACCUUGUGUAUCAUCAUCAUCAUCAUCAUCACCAACGUCAUCAUCAUCAUCAUCAUAAUCAUAGUCAGCACCUACACCUAAACCGUCUCGACAGCAAUGGCUUCGAAAAGUUCGGAUAGAAUUGAGGUCGAACCGGUCGAGUUCCGGGAUCCUUCAGUUCUAGCACCGACGAGCAGUCCCGGUUCCGAAGGGAGUUUCACCAAGGAGGACGAAGUUCAAGAGAUCGUCGACCCGAAGCUUGCACGCAGGGUAAAAUGGAAGCUCGACUUAUUCAUCCUGCCGCUCUUGUCGAGCGUCUACUUCUUCGCCACGAUGGGUAAAUCUGAUCUCGGUAACGCUAAGAUCGCCGGCCUCAGUCAAGAGAUGAAUCUUAGUCCUGGAGACUAUUCGAAUGCGGCGACUGUGUUUCUGGCGGCAACAAUUAUCUUCCAACUCCCAGGCACUCUCUUGAUCAAGAAGAUCCACCCGAACAGACAGUUCAGCGGAGCUAUGAUAGUGUGGGGAGUUCUGACUGCCUUGACUGUCUUGGCUAAGAACAGCGGCCAAUUGCUCGCCAUCCGGUUUCUUGUAGGCGCGGCGGAAUCAUUCGUUCAAGGCGGUGUCUUCUAUCUCUCAUUCUGGUACCAGUACUCGGAGUACGCAACUCGUGGCGCCGUUCUCGCGUCCAUGUCCACCAUUGCAGGUGCAUUCAACGGCCUAAUCGCUUAUGCCAUCGUGAAGGAUCUGGACGGCGCCAACGGGUGGAGGGCAUGGCGAUGGAUCUUUCUCAUUGAGGGUAUCGCACCCAUCGCAUUUGCUUUCGUCGUCUUGUUCUUCUUGCCUAGCAGCCCACAGGCGCUUCGGUGGGGCUUCACUGAGGAAGAGAAGAAGCACAUUAUGCAGCGAAGCGCACGCGCACACAACACUACUGAGCAGAAGGUCAGACUUAACCAGAUCUGGAGAAUUAUGCUGGACGUUCACUUCUGGCUCUUCAUGUUAGUGAGCUGCGCAAGUGCCUUCUGCCAGGGGUCGCUAUCCAAUUUCCUUCCAGACAUUAUUGCGGGCUUCGGAUACAGCGAUGUGAACGCGCAGCUUUUCACCGUCAUCGUCUAUGUAUGCGGCUGCGUUGGAAUUAUCUUCUUCAGCAGAAUUGCGGAUUUGACCAACGCCCGAGGAAUUGUCCUGGCCUCAUCCACCAUCGGCGCAGUCAUAGGCUACGCCAUCUUGAUCUGGGUCACGAACCGCAAUGUCCGAUUUGCGGCCACGUGCAUUGUCGCAUUUUCUAUCUACCCGAGCACUGUAUUGCAGCUAUCGUGGGGUGCUAUGAGCUUCGUCGGCUACACUCGAAGAGGAUCUAUGCUAGCAUUUUUCAACAUCUUCCCGCAUCUAUUCGCCAUUUCUGGAACUCAGGCCUACCAAGACCCACCCUACUAUAGCAAGGGAAACGCCGCAGCCCUUGGAAUGUCCAUUCUGAUGCUCCUUUCCUCGAUAGGACUGCGGUGGUAUCUUGGCUUCAUGAACAACAAGAAGAAGGCCAACCAAUUUUCAGAGGAGGCCGCCAUUAUGAGAGAGAAGAGCAUCGAGGAGGUCGGUGACCACCACCCGGACUUCUUCUACACACUCUAAGUCACCUGCAAUCGCGACGUGUAGAAAAUUGUGCAGGCUCAUAGUUGGAAAUGGGUCACAUGUUUCUUAGCUACCUCGGUAUCUAUGGGUCGAAGCCGAUGCUUCAAGUUUUCUUUUGUUUGGAUAGUAUAUAUGCAUAGGGACAUGUGUAUAAAGUUGGUGGAGCAUAUAGGUUAUAUCGGUAUGGUUUAAUGUUGGGUAGAGCCCAUUGUUUAGUGGUUUACCUCGUAUUCUUUUGGUCUUCAUUGGUUUAGCAGGAGUUACCGGUUUAGAGUAAGAAUGUCUGUAUAUAAGCGCUCACAUAUGUAUAUAUUCAAUAUUGGGGACAUAUCCUUGGUUAAAGGAGAGUUUAUUAUGAGUCUAUUAAGAGGAUUAAGAGGGCUCCCAAGGUCUAGCCCGUUGAUCUUGCUGGGAUGAAGGGUCUCAUAAUCGAAUCGAC